AGCGGUAUGUGAAUCGCGGUGUGUCGGCGCGACGGACGCGAGUGCACGCAACAGUCGUUCGUCGACCGUCUCGAAGCGCGCCGUUCCGAUCCUCGCCUCUUCUCCUUCACGCAACACCGCACACCCCGUCGUCCGUCUGCCGUCGUUCACACCUCGGUGCCGUCGCGUACACGGCACACAUCACACCCGCGAGUGUGAAACACAACGUGCGACGGAGGCGUGCAGCGCGCGGACCACAUUUACGCACGCACGCACGCACGCACGCACACACGUGCGCGCGACACCCACACCGUUCCUGGAUCAACAUCCUUGAAUCGCGCGUAGUGAUAAUUUCCUCUCUCGCGCGGUGGGAAGAGCGAACCGGCUGGAAGCGAUCUCUCGGUGGGCAGGAAGCCGCGAGGAGGAACCUACCGUUGUCGCGAACUCGUGAGUGUCGAUUAAUCCGCAUCGCGCACAGAGGCACCCCGCCGGGUGAAGUGUCGAUCUUGGAAGUAAGAGCGACCGGAUAAAGAACCGCCACCAUGAUCGUGGACGAUAAACAGGAAAUGGAAGGUUUCUGGAUCUACGGCGCGAUCCACGCGAUCAAGGCUCUGUCGUACAUGUACGACUUGCUGACCUUCCCCGUGUAUCUCAUACUUCAGCGACCAUGGGAGAAGCGUAAGGCCUCCAGGAGGAUCAAGGCCCGUCCGAUCUCCAAAGAUGAAAAUCAGGUCACGUACAGAAGCGUCGAUUCCCCGAAACCGAUGCACGUUAUGCUCGAGCGCGAAAAGGUCGAUACUCUGGAAAAGGUGCUCCUUUGGGUUGCCAAGAUGCACGGCGAUAAAAGGUGUCUUGGUACUAGGCAAAUCUUAGCGGAGGAGGAUGAGCCUCAACCUAAUGGCAGAAUCUUCAAAAAGUAUAAAAUGGGAGAGUACAAAUGGAAGUCGUUUAGCGAAGUCGACAAGAUGGCAGCUUCCUUCGGACGAGGUUUGGCAGAACUUGGUAUGAAGCCACGUCAAAAUAUCGUUAUCUUCGCCGAGACGAGAGCGGAAUGGAUGAUAGCAGCACACGCGUGCUUCAAGCAAAAUUUCACCGUGGUAACGAUCUACGCGACUUUGGGAGACGAGGCUAUCGCUCACGGUAUCAACGAAACCGAAGUCGAUACUGUUAUUACCAGCCAUGAACUUCUGCCGAAAUUCAAGCGUCUGCUGGACAUGGUGCCGGAGGUUAAGAAAAUUAUCUAUUUGGAAGAUCAACUCAAACCGACUAGCACCAAAGGUUAUAAGGAUGGAGUGCAACUGCUACCCUUCUCUGACGUUGUCAAAAUGGGCAACAAGUCGAGUGCGAGUGCUAAUUCGCCGAAGAGCGAUGACACCGCAAUAAUUAUGUACACGUCUGGCUCGACCGGAGUGCCAAAAGGCGUCCUUCUCUCUCACAAAAAUAUCUUAAGUACUUUGAAAGCAUUCUGCGAUGCUGUCGAGAUCUUUCCGGAUGACGUUUUUCUCGGUUUCUUGCCAUUGGCUCAUGUUUUUGAGUUACUGGCCGAGAGCGUGUGUCUUUUGAACGGAGUACCCAUCGGUUAUAGUUCGCCGCUUACGCUUAUCGAUUCGAGUAGCAAGAUUCAGAGGGGAUCAAAGGGUGAUGCGUCCGUUCUCCAUCCAACUUGCUUGACCGCAGUACCGCUUAUUCUCGAUCGCAUUUCUAAAGGAAUAAACGAGAAAGUAAAGAAAUCUGGCCCGUUCAGACAAGCCAUCUUCAAUUUUGCGUAUGAAUACAAAUUAAAGUGGACGAAGCGAGGCUAUGAAACACCUUUAUUCGACAAAUACAUUUUUGGCGCCGCGAAGCAAGUGCUCGGUGGUCACGUUAGGCUUGUUCUCUCCGGAGGCGCUCCACUCAGUCCAGAUACUCAUAAUCAAGUGAAACUCUGCUUAUGCGUCACUGUGACUCAAGGAUAUGGCCUCACGGAAACGUCUUCUUGCGCAACCGUUAUGGAUCAGUACGAUAGAACCACUGGAAGAGUCGGGGCACCUACUACGGUUUGCGAUAUCAGAUUGGAGAACUGGGAAGAAGCUGGUUAUCGAGUCCAAGACCACCCGCAUCCCAGAGGAGAGAUCGUGAUCGGUGGCGACAUAGUUUCCGCGGGUUACUAUAAACUAUCGGAUAAAACGAAAGAAGAUUUCUUCCAAGAGGAUGGCAGACAGUGGUUCCGAACAGGCGAUAUCGGCGAGUUUCAUGCAGAUGGCUCUAUUAAAAUUAUUGAUCGAAAGAAAGACUUGGUUAAACUGCAACUUGGCGAGUACGUUUCCUUGGGUAAGGUCGAGGCUGAGUUAAAGACUUGCCCUGUCGUAGAAAAUAUUUGCGUGUACGGCGAUGCGAAUAAGGCGUACACAGUGGCAUUGGUCGUACCUAAUCCGCAUUAUUUGGAAGAGAUCGCUAGUAAUUUAGGCUUAACUGGCAAGAGCCUUGAGGAACUCUGUAACAGUCCACAGAUCGAGAAAGCGGUACUUCAAGAACUUGUCGAGCAAGCGAAGAAAUGUAAGCUCCAAAGGUUCGAAAUACCCGGUGCUGUGAAAUUGUGUGCAGAGCAAUGGUCACCCGACAUGGGUCUAGUUACUGCGGCGUUUAAGCUCAAAAGAAAAGCGGUUCAGGAACGUUAUCAACAUGAAAUUAAUAGGAUGUACGCCUCGUGAUGUUCCGCCAUAGGAUGCACUAAGUGUUGCGUGUGAUGGGGAUCUAAACCUAAGAAAUUAUCUUGUCCAACAGACGGUACCUCGAUAAUUCAUAGACACAUGUAAACUUUGUCAUAAGCUCACAUUUCACGCUGGUCACGGGAGACGUGCCAAUCGCGUGUGCAAUUGUAAUGAUAAUCAAAAGAUUGCGUUUUUGAGUGUGAUUUUCACGGUAUUAUCAACGAAGUUAAUCACAAUCUUUGACCUGCUGAUUUUAAUCAAAUUAAAUCAUCUUGUUAAAUCAGAUUGUGAUUAAUUCACUUGAUUAAAUCGAGUCAUUUGACUUAAUUAUUUGAGGAAAUCAUUCGAAGAAAGCCGAGAUCUUUUGAUUAAAAAAUGAAAGUAUCGCUUUUUAAAGGCAUUUCUUCAUUAGGUCUUCCGAGCGCGACAAAUUGUGCGCAUUUUUACAUCGAUCUCGAUUGUCUGAUAUACAUCUGUUGUACACAAGUCGACUAUUCGGUUUCGUGAAUCAACGGAAUUUUCUGUAUAUUACUUUACGUAUUAACUUUACAUUAUCGAAUGCAAAUUGACAUUGUAAAGUUAUAUCGCAAUGUGAUAUUGGAAAAAAAAAUGGUACAAGACGAUUUUCUUGGAGAAAAUUGUUGUCGUCCUACUCCGUUUUUUGUUAUUAGUCAAUCGAUUUGUCGCGUCUUUAUUUGAGUAGUGCACCUAUCUAAUUGUCGGUGUUAAUGGGCCAGUCACGACAUCUUUGCGAACGAGCUGAUUUCGGUAAAAUUUAUGACUCGUAUGGUGUACUUAUUUUAAGUGUUGUUCAAAAUUAUCGAGUUCGGUCUUCAGACAGGACGGGAUGUUUGAAAUAGAUCUUCUCAGAGAGCUUUUCGUUUUUUUACGAGUAAUAUAUAAUUGUAUAUAUAAAGAAGAAACGAAAAUCGAGGCUGUUUGUGUUCGGCACGCAAUUAGAUCAAUUUCAAGGCAGGUUUAGUAAUAAAUUUAAUAAUAUAUUGUGUAAAUUAAAAUUUCUCUCUCAUCAAUACCACUUAAUAUUAUACUCUUAUACCGUCUGUCUAGCAAUUCGUCAAUAUAUUCUGCCUACUUUUUGAAAUGUUAAUUCAAACACCACAAUAUUUCUCCCAGCAACAGAGAGAAAGAGAGAGAGAGUAUUUUUGUGUAUAUGUGUAUGUGUGCGAAUGUAUGCGCGAUGGGUGUUUGAUUUUUAUUGUUGUAUGCUUGUAUGCACAUAUAUGUCUAUAAGGAAAAGAUUAGGAAGUAAAAACAUAUGUGAGCUUAUAAAGAAAUCAUGUUUUGCAAAUAUAACUGUUCUUUAUCGUUAAUUUUUCACACGCGUAUCUCUGGCGGUUCGAGUACGACUGAAUUUAUGUAUAUAAAUUAAAAUCAGAACGCUUUAAAAUAUUUUUAAAUAUUUUGAGAUAUAGACAUAUCUUACUGCCUAAUUUGCCUAAAUAAGUGAAACUUUGCUACAUUGAAAAGUCAAUUUUCAAAAUUUGCUAUAGUUUAUUACCUUUUUAUACUCAUGUUAUAUUUCUCAAAUAAUAAAUUAGACGAGAUGUUACAUCGAUUUUAUUUUUUUUCUUAUUGCAUGGAUAUUUCAACAUAUAGAUACGAGCCGGCAGAGAAGACAGCGCAGUGGUCCGGGGAAAAUUUGUAUAUAUCAGAGUUUGCCGCUUAAAGUGCGCGGCGUACAGCAAUUACGUUACACGUGCGUUUACACAUACAGACACAAAAAGCUUAAUGUUUUUCUUCUGUUUUAUUUUACAAAAGCGAAGUAGCGGGAGCUAAUAUCAGUAGUAAUGGAGCGAGAACACGAAACGACGAGCGCAAAUGAUCAGAGGCAGCUCACUUUUUUUUCUUUAUUUGCCACGAGAGUUCCUGCGAUAGCUACAUGUAUGAGAGUCGGUACUAAUCUCUAUUAAUUGUUAAGCGCUGUACAUUACUUAAGUAGGCAUGGUCAAUUGUUUGGUGUUAUGGCAUCAAAAGAUACAAUUAUUAUUAUUAAUAUUAUUAUUAGCAAUUAUCAUUAUUUGAAAAUAAUUUGCAAAAUAAAUGUACAAAGAUGUA